AUGGUGGCCUUUAUUUCCAAGUCUGUGGGCAACUGUCCUGCAAGCUACACGCAAUGGGCGACUACCCCACACGCGCCCUUUGCUACCGGUAGCCACCGCAUCCCAUCAAUGCGGCCAGCGCCCGAAUGCCGCACAUUCAGCAGCAGCAUCAUUGAACAGGUUAUCCGUAAUAUCACCGAGAAGAUCCAGUCGCCGGAAAUCCGCCAGCUGUUCAUUAACACAAUGCCCAAUACGCUGGACACUGCUAUUGCCUGGCACCACCGCGCAGACGCUAACGACAGCGUUGGCUACCCGUACACGUUUGUCAUUACGGGUGAUAUUAACGCGCAGUGGACGCGCGAUAGCACCAACCAGAUGAUGCCGAUAAUGCCCUAUGUGGGCUUGGACCCUGGGCUGCGGACGCUGGUGGCUGGGUUGGUCAACAUGCAGGCAGAGCAGAUUGCAGACUACGCGUUUGCCAAUGCGUACAAGCCACCGGCACGAUCCGGGCUAGUGCCGGGGAAGAACAGCUGGGCGCCAAGGGACCGAGUCGUGCCGGGGUUCAACUUGACGACAGUGUUUGAGGCCAAGUUCGAGAUCGACUCGCUGGCAGCUUUCCUUAAGCUGUCCACAGCAUAUUGGCGCCAGACGAAAGGAAUGAAGCAGGUGGAUACGGGGUUAUGGUCUGUGGCUGUGCGUCACGUGCUGGACGUAGUGGCGCGGCUGCAGAAGCCGACGUUUGGCAAAGGCGGCGAGCUGACUGACGCCGUAGUGGAGUUUUCGCGGGCUGCAAGCUCGCCGACUGAGUCAUCCUUUGGCAAUGGCCGUGGCAACCCCGUGCGGGCCACCGGGAUGGUGCGGUCGCUGUUCCGGCCAAGCGACGACUCGGUGAUUUUCCCGUUCUUUGUUCCUGGCAACGCAAUGCUAGCUGUUGAGCUGGCGAAUCUGGCUGAGAUGCUCAGCGCGCUGGGCAGUAUGGCCAAUGAGCGCGAUGUUGCACAGAGGCUGGCCAACGAGAUUAGGCGCGGUAUCAUGGACCAUGCCACGGUGGAGCAUCCGCAGUACGGCCGUGUGUUCGCGUUCGAGGUCGACGGGUACGGCGGCCGGCUGGUUAUGGACGAUGCCAAUGUGCCGUCGCUGCUGUCGCUGCCGUAUCUGGGCUUUGUGUCAAGAAACAACUCUGUGUAUGUGAACACGCGCCGGCUUGUUCUGUCCACGGAUAAUCCAUGGUACUUUGAGGGCGAUGCGCUGAGCGGCGUGGGCAGCCCCCAUACGGGGUUCCGCAGGGCGUGGCCAAUGGCCGUUGCGGUUGCUGGGCUGACGUCGGACAGCCGCAUGGAGGUGGCCGCUGCGCUGGACAUGCUGGUCGCGUCGACGGCCGGCUUGGGCCUAAUGCACGAGUCGGUCGAUGUCUCCGACCCAACAAAGUACUCGCGCCCGUGGUUUGCCUGGUGCAACGGCGUAGUCAGCGAACUGAUCAUGUACGCUGUCGACCGCUUCCCGGGCUUGAUCUGA